AUGGCCCACGAGCUGCCGAUCGAGAAGCGGUCGGCGCUGCGGGCCAAGGCGUGCGGGUCGCCCGGGCCGCCGGUCGAGCUGCGCGGCGGCGUGCUGUACUCGAGCUGCGACUGCAGGCGCCGCAACGGGCUGCAGGACCGCUGCCCGCGCACCGGCUGCGGCAUCCCGGAGUGCCUGGACAUGCCCGAGCCCACCUGCAUCCCGAGCGGCGGGCCUGGGCCCAAGCCGCGCGACGCGGACAAGGAGUCCGGCGCCACCUCGCGGGUGGUGGGCCAGUGCGUGAGGCAGUGCCCCGACUGCUGCUGCCCCGUGCUGUGCACCACCGUGCAGACCGACAUCCCGGAGGAGCCGGCCCAGGAGGAGGCCCCUAAGUACCAGUACGUGAUGCUGGCCAAGCCGUGCGGACCCUGCUGACGAGCCGUCCCGCUCUGCCGUCGCGCGGCCCGCCCAACGGGACUUGACGUCUACUCCCGCCCUGCUGCGGGGACCCUGUUGGGUCUGUCUGCCAUCCCUCUCUCCCGUCGCGCGGUCCUGCCAACGGGACUUGACAUCUACCGCCGCCCCGCUGCGGGGACCCUGCUGGCGUCUGAUGUUCUCGCUCUCCCGUCGCACGGUCCUGCCAAGGGGACUUGACAUCUACCCCCGCCCCGCUGCGGGGACCCUGCUGACGUCUGAUGUUCUCGCUCUCCCGUCGCACGGUCCUGCCAAGGGGACUUGACAUCUACCCCCGCCCCGCUGCGGGGACCCUGCUGACGUCUGAUGUUCUCGCUCUCCCGUCGCACGGUCCUGCCAAGGGGACUUGACAUCUACCCCCGCCCCGCUGCGGGGACCCUGCUGACGUCUGAUGUUCUCGCUCUCCCGUCGCACGGUCCUGCCAAGGGGACUUGACAUCUACCCCCACCCCGCUGCGGGGACCCUGCUGACGUCUGAUGUUCUCGCUCUCCCGUCGCACGGUCCUGCCAAGGGGACUUGACAUCUACCCCCGCCCCGCUGCGGGGACCCUGCUGACGUCUGAUGUUCUCGCUCUCCCGUCGCACGGUCCUGCCAAGGGGACUUGACAUCUACCCCCGCCCCGCUGCGGGGACCCUGCUGACGUCUGAUGUUCUCGCUCUCCCGUCGCACGGUCCUGCCAACGGGACUUGACAUCUACCCCCGCCCCGCUGCGGGGACCCUGCUGACGUCUGAUGUUCUCGCUCUCCCGUCGCACGGUCCUGCCAAGGGGACUUGACAUCUACCCCCGCCCCGCUGCGGGACCCUGAUGAUGUAUGCUGUCCUGCUCUCCCAUCGCGCGGUCGUUCCAACGGGGCUUGACAUCUACCCUCGCCCCGCUGCGGGGACCCUGCUGGCGUCUGAUGUUCUCGCUCUCCCGUCGCACGGUCCUGCCAAGGGGACUUGACAUCUACCCCCGCCCCGCUGCGGGGACCCUGCUGACGUCUGAUGUUCUCGCUCUCCCGUCGCACGGUCCUGCCAAGGGGACUUGACAUCUACCCCCGCCCCGCUGCGGGGACCCUGCUGACGUCUGAUGUUCUCGCUCUCCCGUCGCACGGUCCUGCCAACGGGACUUGACAUCUACCCCCGCCCCGCUGCGGGGACCCUGAUGACGUCUGCUUUCCCGAGAUACACACCAGCAUUCGGACAGACAUGCCAUGUGAAGAACCAUUUUCUAAUCCUGCUAACCCAACUAACUCUUUUUUGCUAAGCCUUUUAAUUUGAUUUUUUUUCUCAUUAAAUCCAUCAACAUUUCGGUUUGAA